AAGUAAAACGAGUAUCAAAGCCCGUCUAUCUAUAAUAUAGUUCAAGCAGCCAUAUUGAGCAGUUGCACUUUCGCGCGAGCAGAAGGAAUAUAGUUCAUUCAGAGUGGCUGACGUUACAACUUCGUAGAUACCCUAGGCCAAGAUAUUCAACUAACGCAACGAUGGCAACAACUCAGAAAAGCUUCGCUAAAGGAAGUUCUGCUCCUGGUCCUGUUCCCAAGGGCCAAAUCAGACUGUUUAGCAUGAGAUUUUGCCCUUUUGCCCAGAGGACCAGGCUUGUGCUUCAUGCCAAGGGUAUCAAACAUGAAACAGUCAACAUUAACCUGAAGGACAAACCUGAUUGGUUUUUGGAGAAGAACCCUCUCGGACUGGUGCCAACGCUGGAGACUGUGAAUGGUCAGGUGAUCUACGAGUCGCCAAUCACGUGCGAGUAUCUGGAUGAGGUGUAUGCAGAGAAGAAACUGCUUCCUUCUGAUCCGUUUGAGAAGGCUCAGCAGAAGAUGCUUCUGGAACAUUUUUCCAAGGUCACUCCGUACUUCUAUAAGAUCCCAAUGGGCAAGAAGAAUGGUGAGGACGUGUCGGGCCUGGAGGCAGAGCUGAAGGAGAAGCUGUCUAAACUAAAUGAGGUGCUGGUCAACAAGAAAACCAAGUUCUUUGGAGGAGAUUCAGUCACGAUGAUCGACUACAUGAUGUGGCCCUGGUUUGAGAGGAUGGAGAUGAUGGAGCUGAAGCAUUGUCUGGAGGGUCGUGCUGAGCUCAAGAAAUGGGUUGAACUCAUGCUGCAAGACCCUACCGUCAAGGCCAACAUGUUCAGCACCGACACCUACAAGGCCUUUUACAAAACCUACAUGGAUGGCAAACCAGACUAUGACUAUGGCCUGUGAGCUCCACGGUGACCGUUACUCUGGAGGCAUCCAUUAUUCCUGAUGGCCUGCCUAACUAGUCGCUUAAUGUUGAUUUGACUGUAGCUUGGAAGUGAAGCUGAAAGGUAAAGGUUGUGGGACUAAAGUCAUACAUUGAUGUUUUUUUUGUAAUAAAAAAAAAAGUGGUGUGUUUUUUUUUAUAUUUGGUGUAGAUUUAAAUGAGUUUAUUUAUGUAGGAACAACUGUCUUUUUGGUAUUUUCAUUUCAGCACUUUAAGCUUUGAGGGCAAUCGUGGAUUUUAUUUCUAACAUUCAGCUGUGGUAUCAGAAGUUUUUCUUACAAAUUGGUGUAAGCAGUCUUUUUUAGCAAAUAAAGACAGUUUUGUUUAAA